AUCAGAUAUCGCCAGCCGCAAUGAAAAGGUAGCAGCAGGUUUAAAAAAAGCCAAACCUUUUAUUUGCAGUUGAAGAAAUUCCAGCAAAAAAACAAGGGAGCAAAGAAAAGAUCUGAAAAGUUGAGCGACAAUUCUGAAGCAUUAGCUAAACAACAAGAUAUUGAUUUGAACAUAGUCUCUUCUUGUAUGCUGAACGCAAUCAAGACUCGGUCAAGUGUCCUUGAAAGAAAUAGGAACUUGUCAUCCACAGAAAGUUUGACACAGAAUACGCAUCAACCAAAUGGUUUAAUGUGUGAGACACAUGCUUUUAUAAAUGGAGAGAUUGAACCAGAAGUGCCAUUGAAAAGUAGUAAUGUUGAAUUGAAGAGAAGGAAUCAACAGCUUGCUCACUUGCUAGAGGGUCAUAUACAAGCCAAUGAGCAGCUGGAGUAUCAGCUUCAAGAACUGAAAGCAAAGAUAAGUCGGGCACAAAGAGAGUUUGAAAGAGAACGACGAGACUUACAAGAAAAAGCCCAUAGAGAUCAAACUACGUUAAAAGACCAGUUACAGGUUCAUAUACAAACCAUUGGUAUUUUAGUUGCCGAAAAAACAGAACUUCAGUCUACCGUGUCUCAGAACCAACAAACCGCCAAACAGAAAGCGGUGGAAAUUGAAGAACUGCAAGGAAGGUUGCGAGCAUCACGACAACGUGUUUCUGACUUGGAAAGGGAACUGUCUAAUGUAUGUAGUUCAACUCAACAACUAGAAAAGAGUAGCAAGGAAUCUUCCAAAGAACUCGAUAGGCUGAGGCUUGAAAAUUAUAAAUUGAGUAAAUCAAAUGAAGAACUAAAACAUCAAAAUUCUGAGUUAGCUGAGAAACUAAAUAAAAAGCUAGUAGAGUGUCAAGUCCAAGAGAAAGACCUAAGUAAUAUCUCGAGUAAGCUGGCUAUGGCUGAACUUCACAUAAAGCAACUUUCCCUCAGUAGCGAAACAGAAAACCCGCAACAACUGGAAGAAGUACACCGUGCCAAAAUUGAUCUUGAGAAAAAAGUAACUGAGUACAAAGAAUCAGUUCAGAGACUGACAACAGAGAGAGAUCAGAUGUCAAAACAUUACCAGGACUACGUUCACAAGCUGAGUCAAGAACUUACAUCUGCUAGAGAUGAGUUGAACCAAGCUAUUGCUGAGAAAGCUGCUCUAGCUAAAGAUAAAUCAUCAUUAUCAGAAAAGCUUGAACUCUCCGAGAAAACUAAGAAGGCAUCCCAAAUUCGGUAUCAGGAUGCUGAAGAGUUAAAUCGGAAGUUAGAAAGUCUGAGUACAGAAAAUGAGAAACUCAAGAAAGAAAUUGAUUGUCAAGUCAGAGACAACGCUCACAUUAGCCACCUGUUGGAAGAGCGAGAGUCAAAGCUGGAAGAAUUAGAAUCUGCCCUUUCAAGACAACAGGAAACUCAGGUUGACAAGACUCGGCUUCUGGAAACAAUGCAAAGUGAAAAGGUGGCUGCUAGCAGAGCAAUGGCUCAGAACAGGCAGCUUAAACAACAACUGGAGGAACUACAAGAUGGUUUUGUUAAACUGAAUGAUGACAAACUGAAGCUCACUGAUGAACUGUAUCACGAACAACAUAUCAGUAAGGAACUAGGAGAACGGUUGUCAGAACAAGAGGAAGAACUUUCUGAGCUUAAAGAUCAGCUUUCUCGCAAGGAAAAACAACUGAAAAUUCUGGAGCAAAAUGCGAAUAAAGAAACUUUUCAGCAUCAUCAGAUUGUUGACAGGAUGAGACAUUACGAAGCCCAGGGACACUUGACUGAAGUCCUGCAAGAAGACUUAGUAAAAGCUAAAGAGAGGAUUGAAACCUUGUUGACCCAGAACACCGAACUUCGAAUGGCCUUGGCUCGUCAGGCUGAAGACGUUAUUAAAUCUGGUAAUGAAACUUCUGUUGACAAAGAGACUGACAGAAAGAACGACCUGGUUGCUUCUCUGUCGGCAUCUGUCAGACAGCUAGAGAUGGAAAGAGACUACCUCCUGCAUGAAAUGAAAGAUCAGCAGAGCCAACGAGAUGAUCUGAAGUCUCAGAUGACAGACUUGAACAGCAAUGAAAAGAAUGUAGUUCUUAAAGAAGACCAUGAAUCACUGAAGAAUUCCAUGAAACAACUUGAGGAGAAAUUCACGAAAACAAUGGACCAAAUUGCUGAACUAUCUGACCAAAAGCAACAGUUAGAACAUUUGGUUACGCAGCUACAAGGAGAAACGGAUACAAUAGCUGACUACAUAACUUUGUAUCAAGUGCAACGAGGAAUCAUGAGGAAACGUGCAAGUGAAAAAGAUGAGUACAUUGCACAACUGGCAAGAGACCGAGAAGAGAUGAAGGCUCGACUGAGUGAACUGCAGAACCUGGUCCUGCGACUCCUAGAGGAAAGGAAACGGCUACAUGACAUCUCUGUAGAAGUGCCACCAAACAGUAACCACCCAGGUGAGAUGGUUCUGAAAGUGAAUGGAAACAAUACUGAAGUUUUGACUGACCUUCAUGCGAAUGUUAGUGAUACUAAAGAUAAUGAUGAUCAGACAGCAAAGAAGAUCUUGGACCUAUUUACAGAAAUAGAGAGCUCAAACCUUAUAGAAAAACCCGUCCUUGACACAUUCCACCCGUGCCCUGUUUGCUCUGGAAGGCUCUUAACUGUAUGAAGUUAGGGAAGAGUAACAUUUCACGUUAUCUUUGAAUGCUUUAUACUGUUUAAUAGUGGUUUGUAUUUUGAUAAUUGAAUAGCCUGGGUUAGUUUUCUUCUGGUUGAACUUUAUCUGGCAAUAGGAAAGAGAUGAGCUUGAAAAACAAACUUAAAAUUAUGCAGUGAUAUAAAACAAAGUCUUACUCUACUUUUACAUUGUAUAAAAUCUUAUAACAAUUAUAGUAUAUCUAAUAAAUGAAAAGAGGAAAUAAAUACCACCUGAUCUGGUGAAAGUGUUAUCGACAAUUAAUACUUGUACAGUUUAACUGGCAAAAGACCCUUUGAUGAUACUAAUUGAUCUAUUAAUAUUAUCCCCCAAACAACUGUUUUGGUACUUUAUAUAUGUUUGUUAAUAAUGUGGCUACUUCUAAAAAAAAAAAGUGGAUAGAAAUAUUGAUAUAUAAAGAGUUACUGGUAUUUUGUGCAAUUAUAUUUGAAAUAGUUUUUUUCUGAUUUAAGGUGCUACAGACUCGAUGUUAGAAAUUGUUGUUAUUAUCAAAAAACUUCAGACAAAUUAUCAAAGCUCAACUCUUUGUCUUUAAUAAACUUUCAUUUUUAAUGAACAUUCGUGAAGGUUGAAGAUAUAAAUAGUUGGCUAGAACUAUCAAUAAGUCAUGGCUUUCUAAUAUUUUAUUUGUUAUUCCUAUUAAUCAUACUAUGAAUGUUUGUUCAAAUACAUCAUUUAAUUUAUAUUCGAAAGUUUUUUCUUAUCGCAACCUUCCAAGUGACACCUUUAAGACCUAUAUAACCUUAUUUUUACUCAAAAUGGGCCAAAAAUAAAAAACCUAUAAAGUUGAAGGAAAACCUAAUUUUAACAAAAAACUUUGGUGCAAAAUAUUCAGUACUGUAGUCAUGAUACUACCAUAGUUAUUCAAUAGAGAUCUGUGAAAAUAUAAUAAUUUUGUAAUAUUGUUUAUGGGGAGGGGGGGGGGUGAUCCAGACUUUAUUAUCAGAAUACGUAUGGUAAAAUCUGUUAUUAUAUGAAGUAAUGGGAAUUUUACAGAAGGGUAUAGAAAUUCACGUUUUAUUGGUCAAAUAAAAAUUACUUGCGUAUAAUUAAAUAUUUUGGCUUGAGAAACAAUUUACUCCGUAUCUGUAGAAAAAUGAUCCAUUAAAAGACUUUACAGUGGCCUAGUGAAAGGCCCGUUGUUAAUAUAAGAUCUUUAAUGUUUGAUAGUGUAUAAAAACUAAUAAUUAUCAAAAUGUUUAGUUCCUCAAGCAUUUUUAUUGAUGGUAAUGUCUCUUUAGGUAUACAGUAAUUGUUAUUUUGAUCUAUAAAGGACUAAGAAUGGGUUAAAAGUAAUUUGAAAUAUCUACCGAUUUAUUUCACACAUAGAUAUUUCAAGAAAUGUAAAAUAAAUUUGAGCUUAACUAUUCAAAUAUACAUAGAAGUAUAAUAAUUAUAUAUUUCUUAAUAAAUUUGUUAGUAAAGUUUCUGUCUACUGAAUUAUAACUAUCGCUCACUUGUGUGAAAGUUUGAUGUGUUGCUAGUUUUGUAUUUUGCACUUAUGUGGAAUCUAAUUGUAUUCACUGUCACAAAAAAAAAGUCCUAACACAUUGAAAGUUUCUGAAAUAUUUUUAUAUAGAAAAUAUAUGUAAUCUUGAAGUCUGUUGAUCUUCACACGACGCUAGAAAAACCAAUAAAAUUUAGGUCAUACAUAAUGUGAAAUAUUACCUCCACCCCUAACCCCCCACCUCAUCAGACUGUAGUUGUACAUUGAAAAGUGUAAUUAGUAUUAGAAUGUUCUAAAUUUAGCUUUUAUUUCUCAAAUAUGUGUAUUUUGGUGUAAUUAUUUAUCUUUAGAGGUGAAUUAUAGAAAUGUUCUGAUUUUUUUGGUUACCCAAAGAUGCAAGAUGGCCAGUGUUACUUUGUUUGAAGACUGUUGUUUCCUGCUCUUUUUAGAUCUCUCUGGAAACAAUGCAAGCAUUUAAUCAUGAUCAAUAGUUAACCAUUAUAGUAAGUUAUAUAUGAGCAUUUCUUAUUCGUGCUUACGUGCUUCAUUAUGUUAAAAAUCAUGUGUUUCAAAAUAUUUGGAGUUAAGAUUUCUCCCACAGUGUGGUGUACAAGGCCUUUGGUCUUCUAAACCAAGAAACUCUCCAGUUUUGUUCAAAGAAAGUAGUGACGUGUGUAACUAAGCCUUACCGUUAUAUUAUAUAAUCACAGGAAAAUGGAUAAAGUAAUUACUAGAGAAAUGUAAAAUAGAAAUAUUGAUAAGUUAGGCUUAGCAACUUAUAUUAAACAAUACUUGUUCCCACCCAUUUCUGUCUUAAUAUUAUGGCUGAUUAAUAAUUACUAAUCAUCAUUCUUAUAUUGCCAUCAAGUUACUCAUUAAAAAAUAGUGAACUUAUAUUAAAACUUAAUAUCUUCUGUGUAAUUAUGGAGAACUUAAAUGAAAAAAGUAUUCUUAAGACUUUGGAAAAAAGUCACUUAGAGAAAACUAUUUUAAUAAAAAAUAUUUUUUUACCUAAAUUGUGAGUAAAAGAUCAGUAGCUGUUUGCUGAUAAUUUAAUCAAGGCUUCAUGGAAAAGGUUAGAAGCAUCUUUUUUUAGCCAUAGCAUAAUCUUAUUUUUGGUUUUAACAAUUAAUUUGAAUGUACUUGGGAUUGGGACUGCAUCACAUUUAUUUAAUGCAUGUCGAACAACAAUUUAUCAAGAUAAAAUUAAUUCUAGUUCUUAAUACACUGCAUACAAUAAUCCUGUUAUCACUAAAAUGAAACUCUGGGUGAUUAUUCCUAACAAUUAACAUGUUAAAUUUUUGGUAAGCUGCUGUUAUGUUCCCUCAUUGACAAGAUUUUGUAAAUUUGAAUGACUAUACUGCUAGCCAUAGCAUCACUAUACAUAACAACAUGAGAGCCAGUAUAUUUAGGAUAAUUUUUUUUUUUUAUUUGUGGAAGUUGGUUAUUGUGAUAAAUAUACUUUUUGUUCAAUAUCUGACAAGUUAUGUUUAAAACUUCCUGCCAUUUCAUUAUUGAGUGCAUUAUCUCACUAGGAGUUUGUAUGUAUGUAACCGAGGCUUCAUUUCCUACACUCCUCAAACCUGUUGCUUGUUUCAUAGGUUACAAAAAAAAUGGCCAAAGGAUGAUUUAUGUAAUUGUGUUCAAACAAUAAGCAGGUAUGGUAAAAAUUAAUUUUUAAAGCAUGGGUGCAAUACUGACAAAGUUAUUGUUCACACACAUUCUUUUGGUAUUAACCAAUUGUUAGAUGUGGGUGAUUAGGGUAAUGUUCUCUGUGUGUUCAGUUACUUGUUAAUUUUACACCCAUACCUUUAAUAAGAACACUGUUAAGAAGAAACAAUUACUGGAACUUUGUGGCAUUAAGUGAUAUGAUUGUUAUAAGUAAUUAUUUUAUUAAUUCACUUCCAGUGUAUGAUUCAGUAUUGCAUUUUCUGAAUGUGUUUUUCGAACAUGACAUUUCUUAAUUUGUGUGCUUCCAAGAUAUGAAAUCUUGAAACUGAGCAGGUCUUGAACUGUAGAUCUGGUGGAUGCUUUAGGUAAUUAAACUACUGUGUCUUGAGUGCUAUAUAUGCCUCAGUUUUUACUUCACUGGUAGCUUUAUUGUUAAAAAAAAA